UUCCAUUCCCGUAAAAGCAAACCAAACCACAUGUCACGUUCUAUUCUAAACCAUGAAACCAGCUAGGACACCAGCUUCUCAUCACCUCCUGAAAUCUGCCACCUCCAUUGCUUGCAACACUCUGAAACGUGACCAUAAAUUGCCUCUUCACACAAUAGUUUCUCACUUUCUCGGUCCAGCACAAACUCCUUUCUCUUCUCUAAAUUCCCAAAACAAUGAACCCACUGAUACCCACAUCAUCGAGUCAUCAAUAGGACCAAAAUCCAUAAACAAAUCUAUAUCUUUUCAUCUAGUCCCUCCUCCAAAUCCCCCAAAUGAUGAAUUUGGCAAUACCCACUUGCCUAAAUCGUCACACCGACCAAAACCCACCUCUUCAAAACACCAAAACAAUGAUCUCUUUCAUACCCACUUGGUUGAUUCAAAGAAGAAAUCAAAAGCCAACAUCAAAUCCACUUCUAAUUAUCCAGUACUUUUCAAUUACAGUCAGGCAAGAUCAUUUUCAGCCGCACCUUCAGACCCAUUUCCCAAACCCAUUGACACCAUGGAACCAAACUCCUCUCCUUCCAAUUCAAUCCCUGUCGUUUCCACUAUAACUUCUUCACCAUUUGAAAGCUCUCCACCCAUUGAUGCGGGCUCCUCCAUUCGAAAGCCUAUCAGUUUAUGGCCCGGAAUGUACCAUUCACCUGUAACAAAUGCACUUUGGGAAGCAAGGUCAAGUAUUUUUGAAAGACAGUUCAAUGCUACUGGUGAUGCUCCACUACAGACUCAGUUGAUUACUAAAACGCCCUCGCAGAGCCGGACAAGCAUUCUUUAUAAAUUCUCCUCUGAUUAUAUUCUUAGAGAACAGUAUAGAAACCCCUGGAAUGAAAUCAGGAUAGGGAAAUUGCUUGAAGAUCUUGAUGCUCUGGCUGGAACUAUCUCCUUCAAGCACUGUUCCAGCAAUGAUAGCACAACAAGGCCCCUCUUAUUAGUCACUGCUUCUGUUGACAAGAUGGUUCUGAGGAAACCAAUUCGUAUUGGCACUGAUGUGAAGAUAGUUGGUGCUGUUACCUGGGUUGGGCGGUCAUCCAUGGAGAUUCAACUGGAAGUGACUCAGACCACCGAAGGUUAUCUUUGCAAAAUCAUUAUCUCAUUCUUCACAGCUGGUUUACUUACAGAAUUAGGGCUUCCUUUAAUAUCUCUUGCAAUGUAAUGACUUGGAAAAU